AUGGCCGCUCCGCAAAGACCUGCCCAGGUGGCUUUCCGCAUCCAUCCCAUCUACCGCAUCUUCUUCCUCGUUCUCGAGCCCAUCUCAGCUCUCGUGGGCGCCUUCUACACACACUUCUGCCAAGAGACCUACCUAGCCUUGCUAAACGCACCGUCAGCACCAGCCGCCCAAGCCCCAACGGCUACGUCGGUCGCCAUGUCGCAGCUCGCCAACAUGUACUUCUUCUUCGCGCUCAACGAGGCCCUCGUGCUUCGCUCCACGGCGGACCUGCGUGUCUGGCGGACUGUGCUUCUUGUUCUUCUCAUUGCAGACGUCGGACACUUGUAUUCUAUGAGUGCGCUCGGCUCGGGGAUCUACUGGGAUGUCAAGGCUUGGAAUGUGAGCGAUUGGGGGAAUGUCCCGUGGGUUUAUGCUGGUAUGAGCAUGAGAUUAUGCUUUUUGAUGGGGUUUGGAUUGGGCGAGUCGCGGGCUUUAAAGAGGAAGGAUUGGAAGCAGUGA